AUGGCUAAACCAAAGCAGGUCAUGAACUUUAUACGUUCAGAGACUAAUCUAUUCUCAGAACCCGGGUAUGACUUGACUCUCUCCAGUUCCCACAGGGUCGAUUACCAUCCAAUCACCAACAUUUCAGAUCGGUCCACUCCUCUAACAUUUAUUAUCCAAGGAAAUGACUCUCAAUACAUUGACUUUUCUGAAACGCAACUCUAUAUUCGUUGCAAGAUUGUAGAUAGCAAGGGUGCGGAUAGAGACGCCGCUCAAACGCAUACUGCGCCAAUUAACAAUUUCCUACAUUCGAUGUUUAGUCAAGUUGCAAUUUAUUUUAAUGAUACGCAAAUCACGUCGCCAACUUCAUUAUACCCCUAUAAAGCCUACCUGGAAACUCUUUUGUCUUUUGGUAAAGAAUAUACCAAGACUCAAGCAAUGGCUGCACUAUAUCACAAAGAAGUCGAUCCAAGUACAGGAGAUGAAGGGUGGAACACUCGAGAGAAAUUGGCCAACAACAGCAAAGUUUUUGAACUUUGUGGAAAACUGAAGACAGACAUAUUUAAUCAAAACCGAUUUUGCAUUCCAGGAAUCGAUAUAAAGAUAGUACUUUAUCGUGCACCAGACAGUUUUUGUCUACUCACCAGGACUUCUUCUAGCUGA